UUGGCAAACAGGGAAGAGGAGCACACUAUAAGAAGAGAAUGAAGCCGGAGGAGCGUCAAAACAUUUCAACCACAGCCGAGAGAGGCGAAGAGAGAGAGGGAGACACAGAGAGGGAGAGACCCGUGGAAAACGGCAGUGCGUUAAGGAUGAAGACUUAAAAGGCGGAGAUUUUUUUUUUCUCCCUACAAGAACAGCAAGGCUGUCUGUUAAUAACCCCAACUCGUACUUGUUAAAACCCAGCGUCAGCACACUGUGAGGAAUCUGCUGAAAGUGCUGUCCGACGUCGCAUUCGUCUUGCGCUCGGCGCGCCGCUGUGUCACCGCUGACAGAAAUCCUGGAUGAGCGCAAAGUGUCAGCUUCAGCACCUGAGGAGAGGACAGCUCCGCUCUGUCUGCUCCUCCGGACCCCCUAACCAACCAGAAAACUCUGCUGCAGCUUUUAAGAGCAGCACUUCCAGUCUGACACUCUGCCCAUGCAAGUCUGGAAGAAGUCUAAAGAUCCACUGACGGAGAGAUCCGCGACUGACUCUGUGCUCAAUAUGUACCAGGGGCAUUUACAGGGGAAAGACUCUAGGGCUGCAGAUAAGACUGUUGCCAUGGUCCUGAAGGAGAUACCAAGUAAGGCGUCAUCUGAAGGGAAGCCCCUCCUCACAGUGACUACCAAGUGCCAUCGAGGAGGACUCCUACUGCUGGUGAGUGAGCAACAAGAGAGCCGCCCGCUUCUUAGCCCUUCCAUCGACGAUUUCCUCUGCGAGACCAAGUGUGAUGGGGUUUCCCGCCCAGUGACUUCCAACACAGCUGUUCUGUCUUCAACACUGGACCUGCUGGACCUCAGUGAACCUGGUGAGAGGAGGAACAGUAAGGACAAGAGGAGUCCCCUAACAACCAGGGGUGACAGCCAGAAGAACAACCCACACAGGAAGAAAACGGAUGAGACGGAGUUGAUCCAGGUGGAAGUUGAACAGACAGGACCAAACAUGAGAACCCCAGAGAGAGCAUCACUUGACUCAGUUACCAUUGGUUCACCGUUGGAUAAAUGGGAAGAGUUGAACCCCAACCCUGAGAGAAAUGGCAACAGAAAAUGGAAGUUGGAGAGACGACGUUCAUCUAAAAAUUCAUCCAACGAGUUUCUGUGGUCCAUAGACUGUAAAACCCAAUUAGAGCCAUUGAAUAAGAACUUGGAAGCGAAUACCAAAGUUGAGCCAGAGUCUGCCCUAGCAUCUCAACUCAACAGGCAGUAUAUUAGUGGAAGACAUGCUCGACUAACGAAGGAGCAGCGGUGGGGCAGCGCCCUCCUGUCCAGACACCAGUCCCUGGAGGAGGAGUUUGAGCGAGCCAAGGCUGCUGUUGAGUCAGAUACCGAGUUCUGGGAUAAGAUGCAGGCAGAGUGGGAAGAGCUCGCUCGGCGGAACUGGCUGACAGAGAACGAGCAGGCACAGAUUCCGUCCACUGUCUCGCCACAUGAGAAGGGUUACUACUUCCACACAGAUAAUCCUUAUAAGGACUUGCCUAACGCAUUUGAAGAGGGACUAAAGAAGUCCCGAGAGGGAGAAUUGCCAAACGCUGUGCUUUUGCUGGAAGCAGCUGUCUUGCAGGACCCUCAUGAUUCAGAGGCUUGGCAAGUGCUGGGGACCACCCAGGCUGAAAAUGAGAACGAGCAGGCAGCAAUUGUCUCCCUCCAGAGGUGUUUGGAGCUCCACCCUAGCAACCUCGCAGCCCUCAUGGCUCUGGCAGUGAGCCUGACCAACACUGGUAUGCGCAAUGACGCCUGUGAGGCCCUGCUCCGCUGGUUGCGACACAAUCCAAAGUACAAGCACCUGCUGAAGGGCAAGACCAACCUGAUGGGAUCACCAAACUCCCAACGCAGGAUGUCACAUGCUCCCAAUAUGGGCAGACAUGAAAGCUCCCUGUUACCCGAGGCCAAGGAGCUCUUCCUGGAAGCAGUUCAGCACAACUCAGACAUCAUCGACCCCGAUUUGCAGACGGGCCUCGGGGUGCUUUACAACCUCAGCGGAGAGUUCAACAAAGCUGUGGAGGCCUUUAAUACGGCCCUGUCCGUGCGGCCCGAGGACUACUUGUUGUGGAAUCGCCUGGGAGCCACGCUGGCAAAUGGGGACCGGAGCGAGGAGGCGGUGGAGGCUUACACGCGAGCCCUAGAGCUGCAGCCGGGGUUUAUCAGGUCCCGCUACAACCUGGGCAUCAGCUGUAUUAACCUGGGGGCACACAGAGAGGCAGCCAGUAACUUCCUGACCGCCUUAAGCCUUCAGAGGAAAAGCCGGAGCCGCCAACAGUCGCAUGAGGUGAUGUCCGGAAACAUCUGGGCUGCUCUGAGGAUAGCUCUAUCCAUGAUGGACCAGCCUGAACUCUUCCAGGCUGCAAACAUUGGCGACCUGGAUCUUCUCAUGCGGGCCUUCAACCUAGACAUUUGAGGAAUGGGAGGUAGUGGUGAUAGCAUCUCCCCCCUUCACUUACUCUUCAGUUUCUACCCAACAGCCAAAAGCCCAAAGUGCACACGUCAGAAAAGGUCGGAUCUGAUGUUAGAGACAAUAGUGUGGUUUUUAUGCACGUCCAAAUUAACUGCAGUCGUCAAAGUUGUUAUAUUUUUUCGCCCAAGUACCUUGGAGCAGUUCUGAAGACAGGUUCUUCCAAGUGCUUGAAGUGACUUCUUUGUGAUGGAUUUGCACUGCAAUUUGUGAUUUCCCUGAAGAGCACAAGGACAGGCAAAGAUUGUACAAGCAAUGCCUUAGAGAACACAUCAAUUAAAAACUGACUCAUCCAGUGGAACAGAGCUGAGCCAGGAGAGACGGGCAGACAGACAGUUUGAGAAUCUCACAGAGGAACUCUCACAUGCUGUUUGCCGAGAAAAAAAAAAGAGGUUUUGAGAAAGAAAAAAAAAAAAAAAGACGCUAUCCAAUUACUCUCAACGACUCAAACCUGUCUCACUCUCCUGAAGGAUGGAUUUAGUGAGCAAAUGAUAAAGACUGCAACAUAUGACCUGGAAAUUCUGUCCCUGGCUUGUUUUCAUCCUCUUUCAAUGGAAGAUAAUGAUACUGCAUGAAUAAGCAUUUUCAUGAAUGGAUUAUUAUUGUUUAAAAUUAACAUAACUUUUAGAAAUUGUCCCUUUGCACUUCAGACAAACACAUAACCUCCUCAACCCAAGUGGAAUGUGCAAGCCAGGUUGUAAAGCCUUACUCAAAUGCAUGCGAACAACAAUAUUUAUUUAUACUAUUUUUAUGGCAACAAAACACUAAGCCAUUUUCAGACUGGUUUCAAUUUCUUUAAAUAACUGCCGUCUUCUGGACUUGAAAGCUUUCUGAGCCAUUAAUUUUAGUUUGUAUUUUUUUUAGGUUUAUUUUUUUUGGUCUUGGCUCUGAGCUUCUCUUUGUUCCCUUUAUGCUGAGUGGUUGGAGAAAUACACUCGAAAGCUGGGCAGCAAUGAUCUGUAAAACCUUCAUUAGUGUGGAAACUUUAUAACGUAACGAUAUGAGGUCUGAAAAUAUCUCUUUUAACUUGUGGGAUGACUCUAGAAGCUCUCGCAUUUGAUGUAAGCAUCAUACUGUAAUUUUCCCAACUGUAUUCAUUUCAAUACAGUAUAAUAACUUUACAGGUAAAAGAUGUGAAGCUGCAAGCCAAGACCCACGACUACAGCUUAGGGUAUUUCCUAAUGCAGUCAUUUUGUAUCUUUGCUGCACCUCCACGGGCAGUGAAGCUCAUACAUUUAAUUAAAUGAGUUCGCCUCAGCCAUCAUGCAUGAUUUAAAUAUUUAUGUAAUCUUUGGGCAGACUGCCGCACAUAUUUGAAAAACUAUUUAUUUUACCACCUGUAAACUGAUCAUCCAAAACAUGAGAUCAUCAUGCAUCUACAGAAAACAUGAUUGUAUGAAAUGCAGCGAUUCUCCUGUUCCAGAUAAAUCUUCUGCACCGCCUCAGAGGCAGAGCUUUUUUCUUCAAACAUGCUUUUUAGCUGACAGCUUCUAUUUCGUCACUGUUGGUAGUUUGAAAGUCACUCUGUGAAGUGAACAUCACAUUCUUCGCCGUGCAAUAUAGUAAAUGAUAGAUAAUCUGCUGUACUGUAUAGCUCAGCACCUUGGUGUUUAACAGGCGUGUCCACAGUCUGGGUGUGCUGUAGAAAGCUGUUUUUAUCCUCAGAUCCUAUGCAAAAGGUCGUGUUUUAUGUUGCCGUUUGGAAAUUGUCAGUUUGUCCUCGUCUGCCUCCGUAGACCAAAAGAAAGUGGUGAUUCUGUGCUUUGAAAGGACACUAUCAGGGGGAACCAGAGACCAGUAUGAGAACCAUUCAUCAACUAAACUGUACAACUUUGAUGGUCACGGUCUGUAUAAGAGGAAGUGUUUCAUUAGGAAACUGGGGGAGAACAAAAACAAGUGUUCUUUUUCAAGAGAGACACAUUGUCAGUGGUUCUGGGAAGAAAAAAAAAAAGAGAUGCACACACACACCAUCCACCUAAAGUGUAGCCUUCAUGUUUUAUAACCCUGUGGUGUAGCGAUAUGUCUUUGACCUCAGUUGCACCCAGUGAAACCACUGCCAUACAUCAAGCUUUGCUAUCAGAUACAGGUUUUACUUCACUUGUCCACUGCAUAUAUUCUCUUUGAAAUUCACCUUAGAUGCACUUUGAGAAGAAAAAUCUCCUUUUUAUGUGUACAACUAGAAAACUUUUAACUGUUUUUGAACCAGUUAUGUUAAAAUGUUAUUCCACUAAGACUCAAACAUAACCAGUAAUGACAUUUAAAGCUGAAACAGACGAGUAGCUGCUGUAGUCAGAUACUUAAAAAAAAAUGUUGGCACAGAGUCUCUGUGGCCAACCAUGAUGUUUAAUAGAUCAAGGAGGCGGAGGAGCCCAGUGAGACACAGCACAUAUGUGCAUGCCACUGGCAAUCUACAUCAGAGGGAGGCUGACAGUGGCACAAUAGUAAAGGCAAUGAGGCCAAAGCAGAGGUGGAAGUUUAUUCACUGUGUGAGAGAUUGGAUGAUGAUAAAAGCAGAAAUUGACAGUGCAGCUUUUUACUCAAAUGAAAUGGGUGUUAUCCAGUAGCCAAUCAAUGGUAUUCUGUUGAAUAUUUCAUUAUCAUUAAAUUCUAAAUAAGUUAUUUUCCGAUGUGCUAGCUGCAUGGCUCCGUGGAAAGCAAUGGUGGACUGUCCACCAUUUUGGCAUAAUGGAUUGCCAUGCCAUGCCCCCCAGUUGGUGAGUCCCUGACCUUUUAGUCCAGCACUGUCAUCAAAAUUUUAAUCUGUCCAGUCUUUGGUUAAAACCAAAUGCCUGCCUCAGCUGUACUUUGUGUUUAGUGCUAAUUAGCAACUGUUAGCACACUAUCACACUGAACUAAGAUGGUGACAAUGGUAAACAUUAUAUCUGCUAAAUAUCAGCAUGUUAGCGUUGUCAUGGUGAGCAUGUUAGCAUGCCUACAUUAGCACCGCUGUGUCAAAGUACAGAGUCACAGAGCCACUAGCAUGGCUGUAGUAGACUGUAGUCUUGUUUGUAUCUAUGUUAUAGCUGCACAGCCACAUCUGCUUUAGCCAAGUGUUUCUGUUGACGUCCACCACUGUCACUUCUGGUGUAUGUGCUUAAUGCUGCCGGAUGAUGAACACUGUCCCACAGGAACUUCAUUUGUACCAGAUCAGAGUCUUAGCACAUCCAAAGCAAGUCUCCGUCAACUUUUCUUUCCAUAAAUCAUAAACCCAAUUUACUUGUAAUGGUUCCUUGAGAGAUUUUUGAGAAACUUCGGGAGUUAUUCUUCAGGCCAGUAUUGUUCCAUUUAAAAAAUAGAAAAUAAAAAAUAUGAACAGAUAUUCUGUCCCUGGUCCUCCCAGCUGUCUCCUGUGUCAACAAUGAACUGUAGAAACUCAAAUCAUGAUGUCUGGUAAAUUGUGAUUUCCAAAUCAACCCUAGUUUUCUUAUGAGGUUGUAGGCCUUCGCUUUUUUGCAUUUCAAGAUACUGUAGUUGUGUUGAAAAUGAAAAACGUAUUUUUUUAAAGAAACCUUAAAUUGCUGGCUUAAAUUCUAAACCUCUACUGUGUACGUCAUACUGCAGUGCAUUGAGAUAGGAUGCCUGGUGACAGUUUUGUUUUUGUAGAACCUACUACUGUACCUUCUCAGGUGAACUGACCUAGCUUAACGCAUGCUCCUGAGGAACAGACUGAGGUUGAUCGCAUGCUAGAUCCUCUACAUGUUUUUGUUUGUUUGUUUUUUUGUUUUUUUUUUUGAAUGCUGUUCUCAUUUGUAUGCAUGAAAUACAUGGAAGUGCUUUCUUUCUCCCCCCACUGACGUAUAAAAAUGAAAUAUAUUAUGAAGUUUCCUUACAAUAUUUCUACAAUACACUUUUAAAACCUGCAACCUUGACAAAAAGCGAUGUAUAUAUUCAGUAUAUAUUCUACACAAGAUGCUUUUUCUUGCAUAGAACGAGUGAGUGUGCAAGGCUCAAGCAGAGAAAUGAGAGAAAUGGUGAAAGCACUUAAUCUCUUCCAAACAUACUUGAGCUUAAAUACUGGUACAUUGCUACAACUGGCUAAUCAUAGUUAUAUUCUGUAGAAAUUUUGUAAUUAUGACUUCUACAAAUUAUAAACGCACUGGUAACCACUGCAAUAACCCCAACCUAUAAAGCUGUUUUUACCAAAUGUUUUUUUAGUGUCGAAACUUUAUCAUGCUUAACAUCUUUAUAUAAAGACUGUAGGAUAUGUUGUUCACAUUCACAAAUACUUAUUCAAAGAAAUUCAUGUUUUCAGUACUUUGCACAGCCCUGUUCAUGAUGGUUAAAUAUGGAGACCCAAAGCAUUCAAAAUUAUAUACUUAUGAUCAUUGUAAUUCAUCUCAUCAUAAUAUAUCAUUUCAUUUGGCUUCUUUAAAAAAACAGACUUUAUUGCAGGUUAUUCUUUUGGAAAAGUGAUAUUUUGAAAUAAAACUACUGGAAUUAAAUAGAAAGGUUAUGUUAUUGUGAAAAGAAGCAGAAUGAAAAAACAUUUUUCAUUUCAAUGAUGCUGAGUUUUCAAAAUAUAUUGAUUUAUUUAUGUUUAUGUAUUUGGUCUGUAUUUAUUCCUUAUUUAUUUCAUCAAGUUAAAUUUAAGACUUUUACUAUACACAGUACUUAAUCCCUUUUUUAAAAUGACGCUGGUUAAAGUAUGAUAGCAAAUCAUAAGGAACAAUAUGGCCAAGAAUUAUUUAUUACUAGCAGUAGUUGUUUUUUGUUUAUUUGCAGAGAUUGAGUUCAAUGCUUUUUAAGACUUUUCAAGACCUGCAGAUACUCUGUAUUUAUGUACUCAAAUUUAAACUCUUUGGUAUUCCAUAUGUAUAAUUUUCUGCAUUUUACUAUUGACAAUUUACAGAUGUGUUCAGUCCUCUUACACACAUAUAAGCCUUUAUAAAAUGUUAAUUACGGCUUCGUUGGUUGGGGUUCAUGAAGGUUAUCAGUACAUGUUGUGUACAUUUCUUUUUUGACUCCUUUAAUUCAACAUGUGUACAAAGACAGUUUCUUCUGGUUUAUUUAUCGCAUCAGAUGUAUGAAUAAAAUGAUAUUUUGAUGAAUGAACUUAGAAAUUAUAUACUUUAUAUACAGUAAGUCAUUUAUUCAAAUACCUAUUAUAAUGCAUAUUACUCCCUGUAUAAUCACAAGGAAAGCAUUAGCACCUUUGAAACAUACAAUAUGAAAGUAAACUUUUAAAAUAAACUGUUGUUAUAUAUUCUA